GCGUGAGGCGCGGGCGCGGGCGGCCGGGCGCCAUGGCGGCGGGGCCCAUCUCCGAGAGGAACCAGGAUGCGACUGUGUAUGUCGGCGGCUUGGAUGAGAAGGUCAGCGAGCCGCUGCUAUGGGAGCUCUUUCUCCAGGCGGGACCAGUGGUCAAUACCCACAUGCCCAAGGAUCGAGUCACAGGCCAGCACCAAGGCUAUGGGUUUGUGGAGUUCCUCAGCGAGGAAGACGCGGAUUACGCCAUUAAGAUCAUGAACAUGAUCAAGUUGUACGGGAAGCCGAUCCGGGUGAACAAAGCUUCGGCCCACAACAAGAACCUGGAUGUGGGGGCCAACAUCUUCAUCGGCAACCUGGACCCUGAAAUCGAUGAGAAGCUGCUGUACGACACCUUCAGCGCCUUUGGGGUCAUCCUGCAGACACCCAAGAUCAUGCGAGACCCCGACACGGGCAACUCGAAGGGUUACGCCUUCAUCAACUUUGCCAGCUUCGAUGCCUCCGAUGCUGCCAUCGAGGCCAUGAACGGACAGUACCUCUGCAACAGGCCCAUCACCGUCUCCUACGCCUUCAAAAAAGAUUCCAAAGGCGAGCGGCACGGCUCGGCCGCCGAGCGUCUCCUGGCAGCCCAGAACCCGCUCUCGCAGGCUGAUCGACCCCAUCAGCUGUUUGCUGACGCUCCUCCUCCUCCAUCUGUCCCUACCCCUGUGGUCACGUCCCUGGGACCUGGUGUCACGCCUCCAGGCCUCCCGCCCCCGGGAUCGUUCCCGCCGCCGGUGCCGCCCCCCGGAGCGAUGCCCCCCGGCAUGCCUCCUGCCAUGCCGCCCCCACCCAUGCCGCCAGGAGCCGGCGCUCCCGGCCCCCCUUCCGGGGCCGCUCCGAGUGGAGGACACCCGCCUCACCCGCAUCCCUUCCCGCCGGGUGGGAUGCACCAUCCAGGAAUGCCUCCCAUGCAAGUGCACCACGGACCGCCCGGGAUGGGCCAGCAUCAUCCGGGACCGCCGGGCUCUGGAGGCCAACCUCCCCCGCGGCCCCCUCCCGGCAUGCCACACCCUGGACCCCCACCCAUGGGUAUGCCGCCCCGAGGGCCUCAUUUCGGGUCGCCCAUGGGUAAGUGGGUGCCUGCGAGAGGCGGUCACCCCGGCCCCAUGCCGCACCACGGGAUGCGCGGCCCUCCUCCGCUGAUGCCUCCCCACGGGUACAACGGUCCCCCGCGCCCCCCGCCUUAUGGCUAUCAGAGGGUCCCCCUGCCCCCCCGGCCCGCACAGAGGCCCCCCGGGGUGCCGCCGCGCGGCCCCCUGAGAGGCCCCCUGCCAUAAAUGCAGUGGUGGCAAAGCCCCCUUGCUGCUGGGAAUCCCUCCCUCUCUGCCCUCCGGCUUUGAUCUCUCCUUGGUCUAACAUACCUGCACCCAAGAAGCAUAGUUGGGUCCAUCCCAGCACAGGGGUCACAGCUCCCUCUUUCUUUUCUUCUCCCCUUAUUUUUUCCCUAGUUCUUUUUACAGUGUUCAUUUUGAUUAUUUUUCCCCUCUUCCCUCCUUCCCUGUCUUGGAAGAUUGUUUUCAAGGUGAUUUUAACAGGAUUUUUUUUUCUAUGUAAAGCAGUGAUCUGCCAUUUACAAAUAAAGCAUUUUAAGAACGGGGGGUUGGCCCUCUGAGAUGGG